UGUGGCAUUUCAAUCUUACUGAUAGGAAGUGCUCCUUGCGAUACGGUUUAAAAUGAAACGUUCUAUUAUUAUUCUCUUGGUGGGUUUAACCGCUCAAGCUUUUGCUGGUUAUUUGGGAGGCGGCGGUGGUGGCUGGUCUGGUGGUGGCGGUUCCAGUGGUUGGUCUAAGUCAGGAGGCGGUGGAGGCUGGUCGGGAUCAGGAUCCAGUGGUGGCUGGUCUGGUGGCGGUAGUGGUGGUCAUGGUGGUGGUUGGUCCGGUGGUGGCAGUAGUGGUGGCGGCACCAAAAUCAUCAAAAUCAUAAGUCUAGGCGGUGGAGGAGGUGGUGGCGGUUGGCCUUCUGGUGGCAGCAGUGGCUGGUCUUCUGGAGGCGGUGGAGGUGGAGGCUGGAAAUCAGGCGGAGGUGGUGGAGGCUGGUCUCUAGGUGGAGGCGGUGGUGGUUGGCCUUCGGGUGGCAGCAGUGGCUGGUCUUCUGGAGGUAGCGGUGGUGGCUGGAAAUCUGGCGGCGGUGGUGGCUGGUCCGGUGGCAAUAGCGGCUGGUCUUCUGGAGGCAGUGGUGGUGGCUGGAAAUCUGGCGGCGGCGGUGGUGGUUGGUCUUCAGGUGGCAGUGGUGGCGGCUGGAAAUGGUAGACUUGUACGUCUAUACAAACUUUCAUGCAGUGAUAUCAUCUCAAAUAACAAAAUAUAAAUAUGUAAAUAAUUUGUGUUCUUAUGUGUUUACAACAGACAAACAGAAAAAAAAAAUAUUUUAUAAAAAAAUCUUGUUAAUAAUUAAAAUGGUGCUAAAUCUAAUGUGUAUGUAUGUGUAAAUAAACAAAUGACAAAAUAUAUAGAGAUAAGCAAUUUUUAAAAAAUAAAUAAAUUUUGAAUUAAAAUUUAACUUUGUGUGGUAUUAAUGUAUUAAAGAAAGAAAAAGGGACUUUUUGUUAAAAAUUACAAACUAACGAUU